CACGCCUAAACUUAAACAGAUGUAGUAGAGAAGCAUGAAGUGAAGUGACUUUCCAAUUUGCUGAUAUAUCUGAGUUUAGUAAAACAAAAUUUCACAUGAUAAAUAAUAAUAUUUUAAGUGACAAUUGCCACCAACAAGACAUAUAAUUGUUCGUUCAAAAAAGUGUAGUUUUUAAAAAAAUAAUAAAACUGUUUAAUUAAUUAAUCAUGAGUGAAUUAAGUCGGGAGGAAAUGCGCAGACGACGACUGGCACGUCUAGCUGGACUUGAAUCCAGUGUAAGUGCUCCAGUUAGUCCACCUGGAUCUAGUGUGAACAAUGCCUCUGAAUCUUCAAGUUCACCUGGUCCAUCAACUUGUCCAGAUUUACCGACACCAUCACUCCAACAGCAACAAUCUCCGACUCAACCUCAGGUAAAUGAAUCAUCGAGUGAACAAGAAGUUCCAAUGGAUUUCGAAGAAACCAACGAAAAGCAAUCGAAUAACAUUUCAAUUGACGUUGAUUCUGGAAUCGAAAAUAUGGAAGUCGAGGAACAAGAUCGCAAAGAUCAUACUUCUAGAUCUAGAACCACAAGUUCCAGCGCCGACGUCUCAACAGACCAAAUCCACAGCACAAUAUCUCGUGUCCUCCGCGUCUCAUGGAAGCAACCAACAGAACAGACAAUAUUUCUCCCGGAACUAUCAGCAAACGUUUCAUCAUUUGAACGGACAAUGUCGCACACCGACAUAAUAAACGAGUCACUCAUGGAAGCCCUGAAAAUUUUCACCGACAAUGAAGAUCCACUGAAAGACAUAACCAUUGACAUCUUAUCUGAAGGCGAAGACAGUCCCAAUAGUCAGACAAGUCCAAUGGUCAGUCCAGCGGCUGCUACAUCAUCACUCGCAUCAUCAUCAGGAGCCGGACUUCCCUUGAUGGUCACCAGUGAAAAUAAAAACAAACCCCGUAGUUUUUUUUAUCUCGUCGACUGCUACAGUCGUGCCGCACUCGAGGAACGAAACAACCCGAAGCGUUCAAGUUUCCCGCCAAUUUCCGAAGUAUUAAUUUCCCUACGCGCCCAAUGUGUUCAAUACGCGAGUCUCGUUCUGCAGCAAAUAAUUGGAGUACCAGUUGACAAACUGAUGAACCCAUCCUCAGUAAUCACAAGUCCGCUGCUGUAUCCAGUUCUAGCACAGACUCUACCACGUGGUUUCCUGCAUGAACUGGUAGCGCGCACUCAUUUAAACCCACAGACAUUCAACAAAAUAUUUACGCCACUACUCCAAGGCCUGUACAUGUCAAUGCAACAAGUGAGUCUGAUUGGCAACACCCAUCGUCGUCCCAUCGAAGCUCUAGAAGAACUAAUAGACAUCCGUUGCGGUACCCAUGGCAACAUCCGGCCCAUAUGCCGACUGAUCACCCACCAGAUCCAGUUCCUGCCAGAUUUCAUGACCACUGCAGUAGGCCGCGAGCUGACGCGGACCUCAUUCCUCGGUCCCUUCCUAUCGGUGUCAGUUUUCGCUGAAGACCAGCCGAAGGUCGCGGAAAAAUUCUUCAGCGGGAAUCCAACGAAUGACAAAUCAAUAAAUUCGACAUUGCAGCAGGAAUUAGAGAACACGAGAUCGUCGUUGCAUAAAUUAUUUCAUGCUAUUUUAGCAACUAGUACAUGCCGUGAAGCAACGCUGGCUUACUUAGCAACUUUAUUACGGCACAAUGAGAAACGCGUGCAAAUUCAAACGGAAGAAUUCGCGCUAGCGGGUGACGGCUUCAUGCUUAAUUUAUUAUCGACACUGCAAAUGCUGUCGGUUAAAAUAAAACUCAAUACCGUCGACCCGCUGUAUCCAUUCCACCCCUCGAGUUUUGUUGAGAUAAAAAACGACACUCGUCUGAAAUUGUCAUCCCAGGAAUGCAACGACUGGGUGAAGGAAUUAGAAAAAAGCCACAAGUGGACGGAAGCUAAAUUUCCAACUCAAUGCUGGUUCCUGACUCUGCAUUGCCAUCACAUUGCGCUGAUGCCCGCGCUGCAAAAAUACAGGCGUAAAUUACGCGCGCUACGGGAUCUGCAGAAAAUGCUGGACGAUUUGCAGGCUACUGAGUCCUCGUGGAAGGACGCGCCCUACGCUGGCCACAACAAGGAACUGAUCAAACGUUGGAAGCAACAACUCAAGCGUCUGAGCAAAUCCAAGUCCUGCGCUGAUGCCGGACUGAUUGAUCCAGUCCUGAUGCGACGUUCGCUCCACUUUUACUGCUCUGUCGCUGAAAUUCUCCUGAGUCUGCUGACGCCGUCGGAAAACGGGAACCCGAUGUCGCCGUCACUGCCGUUGCCCCAACAAAUUCCAAACAAAUUCACGGCAUUGCCCGAGUGGUACGUCGAAGACAUCGCGGAAUUUUUGCUCUUCGCGCUGCAGUUUUGUCCCUCUGUCGUCGCUAAUAAUGUCGACAACGCGCUGAUCACUUGGCUGCUGGUCACCAUUUGCACGCCGCACUGCAUCAGAAACCCGUAUCUCAUUGCUAAGAUAAUAGAAGUACUUUUCGUCAUAAGCACAAGUGGUCACGGACGCAACGACAUCCUGCAUAACCGAGUGAUGUCGCACCCGAUAACCAAAACCCACUUGGCUUCUUAUCUCAUGAAGUUUUACACCGACGUUGAAACAACGGGAUCCAGCUCGGAGUUUUACGACAAAUUUUCCAUAAGAUAUCACAUAAGUUUGAUAUUAAAGACGAUGUGGGACAGCCCCGUGCACCGGAGAUCGAUAAUAAGUGAGAGCAACAACGGCAAGCAGUUUGUUAAAUUCAUCAACAUGCUGAUGAACGACACGACGUUUUUGCUGGACGAGAGCUUGGAGUCACUGAAGCGCAUCCACGAAGUCCAGGAACUGAUGUCCGAUAAGUCGAACUGGUCCGCGAUGUCGAAUGAGCAGCAGCAGUCGAGGACAAGACAACUUACUGCUGAUGAACGACAGGCGAGGUCGUAUCUGACGCUCGCUAAGGAGACGGUCUCGAUGUUUCAUUACCUGACUGUGGAAAUAACGGAGCCGUUUUUGCGGCCGGAACUCGUGGGCAGAUUGAGCGCGAUGCUGAACUUUAAUCUGAAGCAACUCUGCGGCCCCAAGUGCAAAGAUUUGAAAGUUAAAAAGCCGACCAAGUAUGGGUGGGAACCCCGCACUUUGCUGGGGCAACUGAUUGACAUUUACUUACAUCUUGACUGUGAUAAUUUUGCUGCUGCUUUAGCCAGCGAUGAGAGAUCGUUUUCCAAAGAAUUGUUCACUGAUGCCGCGAAUCGUUUGGGGAAAGCGAACAUAAAAACAGCAACUGAAAUCGAGAGAUUUAUGGCACUGGCAGAACGCGCUGCAGUUAAGGCGCGUGAAAAUCUUGCACGGGAAGAAGACUAUGGUGAUGCACCGGAUGAAUUCCGUGAUCCGCUUAUGGACACGCUGAUGGAAAAUCCUGUUAAAUUACCUUCCGGUAUGAUAAUGGACAAGGCUGUUAUAACUAGGCAUUUAUUGAAUAGCUCAACAGAUCCAUUUAGCCGGCAGCCACUCAGUGAAGACAUGCUUAUGCCAGAUAUCGAUUUGAAAGAAAGAAUAGCAGCCUGGAAACAAAAAAAAAGACGGUCAUCAAAAUAUUAAUAAAUAAAAUCCUCACGUGUGAGCAAAAUUUAAAAAUUAUCUAUACAGUAGAUGAUUAAAUGAUUUAAGAUAAAAAUAUUGAUUAUUAUUAUCUAUAAAUUCAUAUAUCUUGCGUAUAAUAAUAAUAAUAAUAACAAUUAAUUAAUUAAAAAUAAAUAAUAAAUAAAAUCCAUAAAAUAAAUCAACUAACAAAAUAUAAAAUUAUAUGAUUCUGAAUUUAGUAGACAACUAGAAUUUUUUUUUUUUUUAACAAAUUAAUUAAAAAAAAAUUAAAAUUAAAAUGGAAAAUUAAAAAAUAUGCACAUGUUCAAAAUUUAAAAAACUACAUGUGCAAUUUUUUUUUUUUAAAUUUAUCGUUUUCUGAUCAGGUACUAGUUCAUUAAUCGGGUACUAGUUCCUUAAUCGAGCACUAGUUCCCUAAUCGAGUAAUAAUUCCCUGAUCGUGUACUAGUUCCUUAAUCGAGCACUAGUUCCUUAAUCGAGUACUAGUUCUCUGAUCGGGUACUAGUUCUCUGAUCGGGUACUAGUUUCUUGAUCAGUUACUUGUUCCCUGAUCGGGUACUAGUUUCUUGAUCAGGGACUAGUUUCUUGAUCAGGUACUAGUUUCUUGAUCAGGGACUAGUUCAUGGAUCGGGUACUAUUUCAUUAUUCGGGUACUAGUUCAUUAAUCGAAUACUAUAUCAUUAAUCGAGUACUAGUUCAUAAAUCGGGUACUAGUUCAUUAAUCGAUUACUAGUUCAUUAAUCGAAUACUAGUUCAUUAAUCAGGUACUAGUUCAUUAAUCGGCUACUAGUUCCUUGAUCAGGUACUAGUUCAUAAAUCAGGUAGUACAUUAAUCGAUUACUAGUUCUCUAAUCGGACACUAGUUUCCUCACCGGGUACUAGUUCUCUAACCGGGUACUAGUUUUUUGAUCGGGUAUUAGUUCUCUAAUCGGGUAUUAGUCCUCUAAUCGAGUACUAGUUCCCUGAUCAGGUACUAAUUCCUUGAUGAGGUACUAGUUCAUUAAUCGGGCACUAAUUCCCUAAUCGAGUACUAAUUCUUUCAUCAGGUACUCGUUUCCUGACCGGGCACUAGUUCCCUGAUCAGAGUACUAGUGAAUUUAUCAUUUUAAAAAAAAUUAUAAGACGUCGUCUAACUUCAGUAUCAUAAAAUUAUAAAUUAUUGUGCUAUUAUAUCAUCACAGAGCAAUGAUCUCGUAAAUGUGCAACCAUUGCGCUCAAUUAUAAAUUAUAAAUUUUUUAUACCACUAUAAAUAAUUUAAUUAAUUAAUUAAUUAAUUAAAUAAUAACAAUAAUUAAUUAAAUAAAUAUGUAAUUGACAGACUGCAGCAACCGAACUGCCAAUUUAGAAUUCCACAACAAAAUACUAAAAAAUUAAUAAUAAUAAAUUUAUUUUAGACUGUAAAUAUAUUUGUGCUUUUUCCGCGUUUUUUUAAAUCAACAAUUGUUAUUUUUUUUUCUUUUUUAAUUACCACGUGAUUUAAUUAUAAAAAAUUACCAUAGUAAGAAAAUUCACAUUCAAUUAAAUUUUAAUAUUAAUUUUUAAAAUUGUAGUGUAACUUAAAUUAAUUAAUUAAAAAAAAUUACAAGUGAAAUACAAAAAUAAAAAAAAAAUUGAUGUAAUGAAUAAAUGAAUUAUUUUACUUUAAUUAUAAUUUUAUAUUCGUGUAGAAUUUUGU